AUUAUUUGUUUUGAUUUAGUGUUUGUUCCUUCAAAUAAUAUAUUUUAAACUUGUGUAAUUAUGAAACUGUUUAUUUUUAUAAUUACUAUAGUGACAGUCAAUUGCCUGAAAGAUAUACACAUAUGGAAUAAUUUUAAGGAAACAUUUGAAAAAUCGUACAUCGAUCAAAAUGAAGAAGUUGACCGCUUUAAAAUUUUCCAAGAUAAUCUACGUCAAAUCGAGGAGCACAAUGCUCGGUACAACAUGGGAAAAGAAACUUACAAAAUGGGACUUAACCAAUUCGCCGAUUUAACUCGUGAUGAAUUUGUCCAAAUGUUGGGUCUCAGUAAAAGAGUUCGUCCAAGUCGGGCACACAAUGUUACUUUGACGAGUUUUUCCCGGGAAGUUUUAGCAGAUGUUCCAGAAUCUGUGGAUUGGCGAGAUAAGGGUGCAGUUACACCAGUUAAAAAUCAAGAAUGGUGUGGAUCAUGCUGGGCUUUUAGUGCUAUCGGUGGAUUGGAAGGACAAUACGCUAUUAAAUAUAACAAGCUGAUACCAUUAAGUGAACAAAAUCUGGUUGAUUGUGCAGGACCUUACGGUAAUGGAGAUUGCAAUGCAGGAGGAAUAAUGAGUAGGGGAUUUGACUAUGUUAAAGACAAUGGUAUUAACACGGAAGAAGAUUAUCCGUACGAUGGGGAUACAAUGAGCUGUCGUUACCAACCUUCCAAAAACGUCUUACAUCUCAGUGGAUAUCAACAAAUUCAACCAAAUGAGGAUGCAUUAAAAUAUGCAGUAGCUACUUACGGUCCUAUUAGCGUUGCAAUAGACGCUGGUCCUGCUCAGUUAUACGAAAGCGGUAUCCUAAAUGAUCCAAGGUGUAAAAAUAGACCUGAUGAACUAAAUCAUGGUGUAUUGGUCGUUGGAUACGGAGUGGAAAAUGGUAAAGACUAUUGGAUCAUAAAAAAUUCCUGGGGACCUAACAGUGGAGAAAAAGGUUACAUCAGGUUGAUUAGAAAUGCCAAUAAUCAAUGCGGAAUUGUUGAUGAUGCAAGCAGACCUCUUGUAAUAUAAGUUUAGUUAUAAAUAAAAAUUAUUAACUUUUGUGUAA